CCCGAAGAAAAAAAAAUAUAUGUAUGUAUAUAUCAUGUGAAAUUUUUUGAGAAAAAGUAAGUAACCUAAUUUAUUUUGGUGAGACAAAAUGAACAUAAACAUAUUAAUUUUUCUCACCUGCCUCGCUGCAAGCUCGCAAGCAUUUCAGUUUUUUGGUCAAGAUGGUCUCAUCCAUAAGGCAGCUCAAAAAAUUGGAAUAUCUAACCUAAUAACCGUUGAGGGUGAUGCCCGUGCAAAAUUUGGCCAAAAUGAAGUUGACGUUGAUGGCGCGUUUGGAAUUGGAGAGAGCGGAGUGGGCGCUCACGGAUCUGCAAAUGCUGAUGUUCUGGGUCAGAGAGCCAGAAUUCGUGCUGAUAUUCUUGAUGGUCAUAAAAUCGAUCAACACAACCACCAGGUUUAUAUAGACAACCAGAACCGACAAUAUAUCUUACAACGAGAGUAUAUUGGUUCGGAUUAUUUCCUUGUGAGGAAAUAUCUCAACGAUGGACAAGUUUACCUUGCUAAAUCUAACAACGCAAAUACUGUUCAACAACAACAAGAAGGAGAUACUCAACAAUAUAAUCAAUACUCAGAAAAUUAUCAACUACGAAAUUAUAAUCACCGACCAGGAAGUAUACACCAACAAUCGGGAAAUUUAUAUCAACAAUUUGGACAAGAUGAUCAACCAUCUGGGCAAUAUGAUCAUCAACCCGGACAACAUAAUCAACAAUCUCGACAUUACAAUGAAGAAGGUUAUGGUCUAUACUCAGGAAGGGAACAACACUCUGGGCAAAACCAACAUAACCAAGAGGUUUUUCAGGACGACCAGAAUCGUCAAUACAUCUUUCAAAAGAAGUUAGUAGACAAUAAAUUGGUUCAGGUAAGGCAGUACCUUGAUAAUGAACAUAAAAACGUUGUCAGAGAUAACCUUGAUAAUGGUGAAUUUCCAAGACAGCAAUCAGAAUAUAAUAAUCAUAAUAGUACAACAGCUUCCACUGCAGGUAGCGGUUUUCAAGCCAACCGAGUUGUAGAAGCAUUAGAUAAGAACGUCAAAAAAUAUCGCCACGAUUUUGAAUCAGGUAUUCAAUCUGUUGUGGAUAAAGUAAAAGACGCAACUGGAUAUAAAUCAAAUUUAGAAGAUCCACACCAUACAAAAUAUGGUCAAGGAAAUUAUGCCCAUCAACUGGACAGCGAUGAUGACACACCAAUUUCUACGACAAAUGGUUUUUCUAAAAUCCACAAUGCUGUUGAAACUAUUAACAAAAAUUUUGAAAAUUAUCGUCCGAAUUUUGAAUCUGGUAUUCACACGGUUGUUGAUAAAAUAGGUGAUGUGACUGGAUAUAAACCAAAUUCAGGAGAGCAACAACAUAAAACUCAAGGUAAUGUAAAUUAUGAAUCACAUUCAGGAAGGUACCAUGGUAACCAUAGAGAACCUACUGGGGAAAGCAUUCAUAAUCUGUCGUUUCUACAGGACACUGAUUCUAUAUAUCAAGCGGCUUCUAGUAGAUCUAAAAUCUCUGGACAAAAUUUACAAGUGGAUGAUUUAAUUGAAUCCGAUGGAAAUUUGUCAUUAUUACAUGAUCCCAGUAAAGUGGAGCCUAAAGUAAAUGGAGAUAAUAGUGUGCAUGAUAGCUAUGAACAAACUACUGAAUAUAUUGUAAAAAGCACGUCUCCCUCCUUAGAAUAUUACCAUAUUGAAACUGGUGAUAGUACUGAGAAAGCUGACAACGUUCCAAAAGUUAGUGAAAAUUUCCUUUUUUUAGAUAAUGGGUAUAAAAAGGAACCUAUAAACCUAAUCAAUACAGAGAAAAGUCAAAAACAGAAGCUGGAAAAUGAAACCAAAACACCAGAGCAAUAAUCAAGCCAAUAGACUAAAACAAUAAAUCAUAGUUAUAAUAUUUUUUUAUUACACAAUUAUUUAUUUUAUUAAAUAUUUUUGUCCAAGUAGGUAAAUUUUGUUUUUUUUUUAUAGAUUUAAUAAUUACAACGGAUAAAUUCCCAAAUGUAAUUUGUUAGUCAAAAUAUACUGGAUGUUUUAUAGUAAAAGUAAUAUAUUU